GUAUGCACAUUGCUGUUUAACUCGUAAGAUACUGCGUUAAGUGCUUGCGGUUUCACAAGUGGACUGUGUACCUUGUAGAUCUGAAAUUUUUUGUGCAAGUUGUUACUAGCAGCAGUUUGCUCCGGCAACUUUACUCCAGUGUGUUCAAAGCGUCAGAUCUGAAAUUCUCCAAUGAUAACUGCAAUGGUUGCUGGAUAUUACGAGCCCAAUGGAAAUGAAGUCUACCCACCAGGGACUGAUGCAUAUGGAGAAUACUGUUACGGUGUUCAAGAUUUGUGUAACCAUAUGCCUUGUACUUUCCAUGGGCAUCCGGGAGUGCGGAUGGUGCAGAAUAACAGUACAGGACCUUUGCCCGUGCAGCUGCAGGUACCGCCGGGUCAUUUAGUGCAACAGGUUGUGGAUGAAAAUGGAACGGUGCGCCAUUUCUUGUUUUCACCGCCGAUGGCUCUGCCGGUAGGACCUCACUAUAGUCCAAGUCAUGCCUCUACUCCUCCAAUGGCCACACCACCAUAUUAUCCGUACCCGGCUCCAACAUACGGUCCUCCUCACUUUCAGCCACAACCUCCUAGUCAUUUGCAGCCAGCUCUUAAUCCACAAAAUCUUCAUGGAAUGCUACAGCAUCCUUCCCAAUGUAAUGGCCAGUCACCUCAUGAGGCAUCACCACCACCAAAUCAGCUUGUUUUAACACAAAAAGAUGAAAAAUUUCAGCGUCCUACAUAUAAGUUUCGUAGAAAAGUUGAUAGUAGGAAUAGAGACAAGUUAACAUUACUGCCAAACCAAUCAAACUCAUUAAUUAGUAAAAGAGAGAAAAGAAAAUAUAAAGAUAAAUAUGAUGAUUCUUACCGUGUUAAUGGAAGCUCGGCAUCUGGCAGCAAUGCUUCUGAAGAUGAAGAAGUGACAUGGAUUUUCACCGAAUACUUAUCCAAUCUGAAACCACCAGUAGUGAGUGAAUUAUCCCCAUAUAGUGUUAUGGUAUGUUGGAAACCUCCCACUUUAUCUGCUGUUGAAAUAGAGCCUACGCUAUGUUCAAGCAUUCAGCAGAGUGAAAUAAUGUAUGAAGUAAUGCUUUGUGAAAAGGGUAAAGAAGGUCGCUAUAAAUCUGUUUAUAGUGGUCUUGAUCAUCAUUGCAAUAUAACAUCUCUGAAACCAGCUACUGAGUAUUAUGUUUGUGUUCAAGCAUCACUUGAUGAUAUUCGAGGAAGUAGUGUUAAAGGUGCAAUAUUUAAAACACCACCUGCAGAACCAGAAGCACCUCAGCCUCCAAGACUUAGUGCCAGAACAAAAAAUAGCCUCACAUUGAAGUGGAAUUCUCCCAGUGAUUCGAGUCCAAAAAUAAAAAACUAUGUACUGGAAUUUGAUGAGUUGAGCCAAGAGGGUUACAGUAGAAAUAGUUUUGUUCCUGUAUAUACUGGACCUUUAAAGCAGUAUAAAGUCACAAAACUAUCACCUGCUACAGGGUAUAAAUUCCGGUUAGCUGCUGUGAAUGACAAAGGGAAAAGCACAUAUAGCGAAACCUGCUGUUAUUUUACAAGUGGAAAUGUUCCUAGUCAACCUUCACCUCCUGUUUUAAAGCAGGCAUUUAUCAAUAGGCUGCAUCUAGAAUGGGAGAAGAGGCCAUUUGAUGAUGAUUUUAGUUUACAAAUAGAGGAUGAAAACAUGAGGCAUGGUUUCUUGACAGCAUAUAGUGGUAGGGAGACGCAAUUUGUCUGCUGUGGUUUGAAGGGCAAUACAGAAUAUAAAUUUAGGUUAUGUGCAAGUAAUGAAGAGGGAUCCAGUCCAUGGAGCAAAAUUGUUACAUAUUGUACACUGCCUGACAAACUUAGUUGCCCUAGUAAACCUAAUCCAAAAGGUCGCAUUCAUGCUUCAUGCUUUCGAGUUUCAUGGGAUCCUCCCAAAGACUGUAAGCAUUCAAGUAUCACCAAGUACAUUCUUGAAGUAGAUCGAGGUUAUGGAUUUGAAGCAGUAUAUACUGGUUCAGACACAGAAUUUUUCCUUGAGAAUUUGCUUCCUGGCACAACAUAUAAAGUGAGAGUAGCAUGCAUCAGUGCGGCAGGGCAUAGUCCAUAUUCUGAAAUAAACAGUAUUACCACUGCUGCAGUGAGCCCAGGCAAGUGUGCACUGCCAAAGCUUCAGAGUAAACCUGAAGCAUCCUUUGUUUGUCUUGACUGGGCUCAUCCAGAGCAUGAUGGUGGUUCAGCUGUGGCUGAAUAUGAAGUAGACAUGACAAGUCCUGAUAACGUAACACGGCAAGUGUACAGGGGUCCUGAAACAUCAUGCAUUGUGAAUGGACUUUUACCUGGAAGACCGUACCUUUUUCAAGUUCGAGCUUAUAAUAGAGUAGGGGCUGGCCCUUUUUCUGAUCCUCUUGAAGUAGUCAGUGGAGCAGGUCCUCCAGAUGCUCCACGAAACCUUACAGCAACCUGUGAUUCUCCAUUUAGCUGCCAUUUAUUUUGGGAAGAACCAAUGAAUAAUGGUGCUGCCAUUACAAGUUACCAACUUCAGUGGAGUAUGGAAGAGGAUGAUGAAAGUUUUUGUGAGCUUUAUGAAGGUCUAAGUCUGAAGUACGAAGUACAAGGUUUAAUUCCAGCAACUUCUUACUUUUUCAGAGUCAGGGCAGUAAAUGAAGCUGGUCAAGGACCAAAUAGUGAUUUUGUUACGUGUAGGACUCCUUCUUCUGUACCUGGUGUGAUAUCAGUUGUAAGUGUUAAUGCCUUCUCAAAUGCAUUGUAUUUAUCUUGGAAUGAACCACCAUCUAAUGGCUCAGAAAUUACAAGCUAUAAUGUUGAAUUAGAUGACUUUUUAUACAAUACAGAAGAGAAUGUUCUUGAACUUUGUAUAGAAGAUCUGUUUCCUGAAACUGUGUACAGGGUUCGGGUUCAGGCUAUUAAUGAAAUUGGUGAAGGUCCAUUUAGUGAAUCUGUCCAGGCAACCACAUUGAAAUCUCCUCCUCUCCCUCCUGAACUAGAAUGCAUAGCUGUUAGUCAUAACUUCUUAAGGUUGAGAUGGGGUGAAAACAAAAUCGAUGAGUCUGUGUGUUUUACAGUAGAAAUGUCCAGUAAAUCAAAGAGCUUUGUGCCAGUUUAUCAUGGAACGGGACUUAGUUGCAAAGUAAAUAGGCUACAAGAAAAUACCUCUUACAAUUUCCGCAUAUAUGCCUCCAGUAAAUCUGGUCAAGGGCCAUUUUCUCCAAUAUAUACUUUUCAAACUGGUCGAGCUCCUCCUCCAUCACUUAAAGCCCCUAAAGUCAUUAGUGUAACAGAAAAUUGUUGCCAUGUUGAAUGGAGUGGCAUUAAACAGCUUCCAGGAAAUUCUGUAACGUAUCAAUUGCAGCUUACACCUGCAUCUUCUACAGAUAGUGUAAUUGUUUAUCAAGGGACCGAUACAAAGUGCGUAGUUGAUAAUCUAGAACCUAACAUGCACUAUUUAUUACGUGUUGCAGCAGUGCGGCAUUGUGAUGAAGGUGAUUUGAUGGGUAAUUUUAGUCCUUCUACUGCCUUCACAAGUCCAAAUGUUGAUAUUACACCACAGGCUCUCACAGCUGCACCUCAGACCAUUUCUCACAGUGAAAGGAGGACAAUGAAUGACAGACAUUUAGCAGCUGCUUUGGUUUUUGCCUUUCAAUUGUUCUCAUUUCUGGUUGCCAUGUUUUUAGAACAUGUCUUCUGCCUGAGCGCACCAACAUAAAUUUUUCUCCUUUUCAUACAUACUGUAACACAGUUGCUCAUUCCUGGUGCUUUACUGCUUAACAGUGACUACGUCUGAAUUGGAUAUUGCGGGGAAUUUCAUAUUUUAUAAUUAGGUUCAAGCCUCUUAAAAUUCAUCUGUUUAAAUGUAUCCUGAUCCUUUUAAUUAUCUUCUGUACUGUAUAUCAGAAAGGUUGAAUAUAUUUAAUGUCUGUUGUUUAAUAUAUUCUUUUUUAUUUUGUUCAGAGAUACCUAAAAGUGUUUUGAGAAAUAUUGCAAAUCAUAUCUUAUUGUUAUUUGCUUUCUUUUGAGAUUUGAGAAUUAUAUAUAUACGGAUAUAUAUGCACAUAUAUAUUUUUAUAUUUUAUUCAUAUAAUAAGUUCAUGUUCAGAAAAUUUGUAAUUGUAAUUUUUGUUUUGUAAAUUCUCACAUUUUCGUAUUGCUCAUAACAUUUAAACUAUACCAGUGUUGGCCAAGCUAAUUUAUAAUGCUUUUUUAAUAUUUCUAUCUUUAUAAUGCAGUAAAUAAACAUUUAAGUGUUUAUUAUUAAAAUAUAUUUCCCAAAAUGCAUAAUCAAGAGCAUUGAAAUACAAAUGAUUCUAACUACUUUGAAAUGAAAAUGUCCUUUAUCUGAUUUAAUUCAAAGUUUGCGUCGCUUCAAACUGCAGUGUUCAUUUCAUGUGUGCAAGCUUUCUUUAUUUUUAUGCCUCCAAAACCUUUGAAAAAAGCUUUGAUUUAGAAAAAAUAAUCACUUGCAUUUAUAGUGCUGUACUGAACCUUUUGAUGGUGCAUUUUUACUGCUUAGGAAUUUUGUCAGAUUGCAGGUAUUCACUGUUUGUGUGGAAAUUGUAAUGUAUGAAGUUUUUAACCUUCCUUGUAAAUUUUAAGCUUUGGGAAAUGAGUGUAUUAUAAAGUAAUGCCUAUAUCAUGUGGCAUGUUUAUGAGCUUAGGGUAUUUCAUAUUUCAAAGUCUUUUUAUGAAAUUGUUAUGAGGGUUACCUGUGCAUAGAAGAUUAUGUUUAUGUGAAAAAUAAAACUAUGUAGUAACCAUUGUAUUUAGUUAUUUUGUAUUUACUUCUAAACCUGUUAUUCAUGCCACACACUGAAGUUAUUUGCUUGGUGUAAGUGGAAUGCACUUGUGAAGUUUUGUUAUUGUCUGCAUGUGGUGUGGAUAUAUUUAUAAUAAAUAUAAUAGCUUUGAUAAUAAAUGUUCUUUAGGCUUCUUGUUAAUGUCAUUCAAAAUUUUAGAUUUGAUUUAUAAGGUAUCACAACAAAGUAUAACUUUAUGUAAAUCUGUGUAUCAGUUGAGCAAUUCUAAAUAAUGUUGUAAUAUGUGCUCAGAUUUAAAAUGUUCUAUGAAGUCUCUGGAUAUAUUUGUGAAAAACUUUUCCUCCUUCGUGUAGUAAUUUUUUUUUUUUUUUUUUUUUCCAAAAAUUUGCAUUAUGUUAAUGUUCUUAUCUGCUAGAUUUUAGUUGACAAAUUGUGUGUCUGCAAGAAAUAUUGUUAAUAUUCAUUGCUGUAAUCUGUAUGUUCACAUUAUUACAAUUUAAUCCAAAUUGUAUUUAUUUUGUUUAAUGUAAGACUUCCACAAUGCAUAUUUAAAUGGAACUGAAAUGUAUAUAGAAAUGGAAAUAAAAUUUGGAAAACUGCUCCUUAUCUGUAGUGGAAAGUGACUAAAAAAAGUGUUAAUCUAUGAAAGCUUUGUUUCUGAAUGAUAAAAUGAAAGUGUACAGUACUAUAUCCAUAAUUUGAAGGCAUUAAUUCAUUGUUUUGUACUAUUCAUUGAAUAAUUCAAAGAAAGAUUUUAAUACCUUCAUUAGUAUUUUUACAAUUUUUAUAUGCAAGUUUUAUUUUUUGUUAUAGUAAAAUGUAUAUGAAAUUACAUUCCUUUUCAUUUUUAAAUAACAUUUUUAUAAAAGUCAUAUAUAGUUAAACCGAGUUUAUUUAACCAUAAACAAUCAUAUAGCUGUUUUUCGUUUUUCUCCAAUUUAUUUUAAAAUGCAUAGUAUUCGAGUAAAAAUUUUGUCUUAUAAUUUGUAUGGUUUUAUACUUAAUGUUCUUUUGUUUUCAUUUAGAAAAUUCUCAUAGAUUAUAUUUUGCUUAAGUGGUUAAUUUUUUUCUGCAAGUUCUAACAGUGGUGCAUAUUGUGCCUUCUUGGCUUAAACUUGGCAAUUGAACUUUGAGCUAAUUUAUAGUCUUAUAUUACAUUUAUUAAGAAUGCAUUUUCCGUCCAAUUGAACUUACUAAAGACAAUAUGAAUUAUACUAUAAUUUGUGAUGUUUUUCAUACAUGUUUCAAGUUGUUUAUAAUAUUUCAGACAUUCUGUAUACCUUGAACAGAUUUCAUCCUGUCUUAAAAAAUAAUUUAGAAGGUAGUAUAGGUAUUUUUUCGUUUCAUUUUAUUUUAAUACUUUUUGAGACGUUUAUGAAAUGAUUCCAAUUAAAUUUGUUUUCAGAAAUGACAGCAGGAGAAUGAGAUUAGAGGGGUAUAAAUUUUAAAGAUAGUAUAAUCAAAUAAAUUUUCAACUUCAGGUUUUUAAAUAUUUUUCAUUGCAAUAAUUAAUAUAAAAGUGAAAAAGUUGCUGAUUUCAUACUUUUAUUUAUGAGGUGUUUCUCAGCAGAGGAAUCAAUCAGAGGAAUUUCUCAGCAGCGUUAGCUUCUAUAAUUUCACUUUAAUUUGUAAUCUGCAUUAUUUUUUUUUCUAUAAAAGUUUUCUGAUUUAAAGCAUACAUUUAUUUAGAUUUAAAAAUUUGAAUAAAUAUGUAAAAGUAAUUUAAGCAGACAGUUCCAUCAUAUAUUUAAAUUUUUGUUUUUAAUUCUGUUUUAAAUGCUGGUCUGUAGAAAACCUUGCCAAGUGUUAAAAAGUCAGUAAAUUAAUGUGCAUAAGCAAAACAUGCUGAUUUCUUCUAUGACCAGUCACUGUCAUAACUGUUACAAAAAUUUUUAUUAUCUUAAUAUCAUUUUAUAAAUUACUAUGGGAUUAUAUCAGUUAAGCUCAUUAUCUCAGUAAGUAUAUCAUAUUUAAAUGUAUAUAUAUAAUUACAUUUAAAACUUACAAAGAAUAGUACAGGAAUUCAUUAAAUGUCUUAUUAUGAAUGCUUAUACACAUUAAAUAUAAAUGGCUGGACAAUAUUACUAUGAAAUACUUUUUUAUUUUUCUAGUGUGAAAUUCUUCCAUUUUUAUUAUAGAAAUCAGUAAAAUGCUUUAUUCCAAUGUAUAGAAUUUUUUAAUGCUUUUUUCCCUGAUCCAUUUUAUCUGUGGAAAUUUGGUAAAUAUGUUAUUUCCUUGCUGGUCGUUUUACAUCAAUUCAACUUAUACUCCUCAUAUUCAUCUAGUUAGUGCUUUAAAUGAUGCAUAGAAUAUUAAAAUUAUUUUCCAAUUAUGUAGAUAAUUUGUCUUUCCCUUUUAAUAAAUUUGUUCAGAUAUAUUGCUCCUUCUUCUCAGAAGUUUAAAUAGAAAAUAUUAUUUAUGAAAAUGAAUAUUUAAAUAUAGUAAAAACUUUUCCAACCAAAAUUAGAUUAAGAAAAAGGUAAUGAACUCACAUCAGAUCCUCAUCUAUGCUAUAUUUUGAAGUUUUCUUUUAAAAUCCUAUUAUAUUUUUUAAAUAAGGUUUUUUGUUUGUUAAAUUUUGAAUUAUGUGUAGAGGAAAUUAAACAAUAAUUAGAUCUGAAAAUUAUUCUAAUUGAAAGUAAAUUUAAAUUACGCUUUUCUUAGGCUUCAUUUUUAUGCUAUUAUUACUGUAUUUAUUUUUGUUGAAAUGUUUCUUAGUGUUAACAUAAUCAUACACACAGUAAAAGGAAAGUAUGAGCACAGUGUUCUGUUAAAAAAUUCUGAAAUAAAUUUAAUCAUUCAUGAUUGCAGCUUUGAUAAUGUCUUGAAAAGUUAGACUUUGGGCAAAUGACUAUGUGCAUUUUGUAUUGAUUAUACUUUUGUCUGUUUUGUAGUAUUCAAAAGGCCUGAAAGAAUUAAAUUGUAGUUAUGAAAUAAUUUAGCUUUACAGUGGAAGUAUAAAAUUAUGAACUUUUAUUUGUUGUAUUGUUGAUAUAUGUUGACAACGUAUGUUUUCUUCAAUUUGAAAGAAUUUUUUGGUGCUAUUUUUAGUUUAGUAUGAUAAACUGUGCUUUUUCUUAAAAAAACUGUGCAUUUUUUUAUUUUGUUUGUAACUUAUAAGAGUUUUGAAUAUAUGGAUUGCUAUUUGUGUUUGGUAUGAAAUAAGAAAAAAGAAGAAAAAAAUCACAAAAAAAUAAAUAAAUAAAUAAAUAAUAAAUUUUGCAAUUUGAUAGUAUAUAUAUAUAUAUAAAUAUUUAUAUGUAUUAUAUGUCUAACUAAUCAAAACAUGUUCUCAGAUGGUUAUAAAAUGUUUUAAAUUUCUGUUACAUUUUAUAAUAUAAAAUAUAACUAUUAUUGCCUGAGAUGUAUUUUAUUUGUAGGCUGGGUUGUUAAAUUUCUAAGUGCUGCCUGGUUGCAGUGUUUAAAGAUCAAAGAGUCCUUGUAAUAUACAAAUCCUAUUGCAUUUGUUAUAUAGCACUGAUAAAUUAUUGGGCAUUGUUGAAAUGUGCGACUGCUUAGUAUAUCGAUCUUUAAUGUGAGUCAGUGUAUACUGAGGGUAAAUGUGUAUAAAUAUUAUAUAAAAGUUAAAUGCUUGUACCCCGAGAGGUCUUUAAUAUAUAUAUGUGUGUGUGUAUUGCUCUUAAAUUUCUAUUUUGCUAUGUAUCGGUAUAAUUAUGUGGAAAUUUAUUUACUUGCUGAUGUGUGUAAUUAAUGAUGUAAUUUUCCACAGUUAGUGGAAGGGACUUUGUAUGGGUAAAUCUGCAUGUGUGACACUGAAUUUUACAAUGUAUAUUUUUUAAGUCAAUUUUUACAUGCAUCUGAAGCAUUUGUUUUUAAUAUUAUUUGAAUAUAUAAUAAUAUGUUUUAUUGAAAUCAAGUUAUAAUUAAUUUACAUGAUACAAAAAAUUGUAAAUUAAAUGUUUGGAGACUGGGAUUUUAAAAUUUGUUAGCAGCUUUUUUAGUUCUGAUGACAUUAUUUGCAAUCAUCUCAUCUUCAGCCAAAGCUUUUACUUUCUGAGAAAAAUUUAUUUAUAAAAUUAUAAAAAAAGGGUAUAUUAUCGAACAAACCAUCAGCUAUUGUGAAAUAAAAACAUUUUAAAUUAA